CGCGACACCCAAUGAAACUUUGGGUCAGAGAAACAGCUUCUCCGCCCUGGCACGGGAGCAGACUCAGACCCGAAAUCCUCCCGGUGCUGGGACAGGGGCGUGACGCCAGCGGUCGGGCGGAACUAGCACUCCCAGUGGGCAACGCCUCGGGCCCAGCCGCGCAGGACUCCAGAGCCCGGCAGCGAGGCCCGCUGGGGGCUGGAGUCUUAGCGACGCGCGCGCACGUGGAAGGCAGGAGCCGAAAGUGGGAAGGGGUCGGCAAACACACACGCCUACCGUGAUAGAUUCCUGUGGCCUUUUACGUGAUUGAAUAACAGUGGAAAUGGAUCCAAAGUGACUUACCUACUGAAGCAGAAGAUUCUCACUACCUUCCGUUAACUCCGUUGAGACUCCAGGAAAGGGCAGAGCAAGUGACCUAGAGAAAACUCAAGAGAAGAAAACCUCACUUUGGAACUUUCUCCUUGACCUGAGUCCUGUCUUUCUACUUGUUCAAUUUUUCUGUGAAUUUAUAAAUAGUGAAGACCAAAGAAAUAGAAGACACAUUUGGGAGCUUUAUACCAAGAAAUUUGCCUUGAAAAGCUGCUGUUCUUCAGAGAGAAAAGCAUAUCAAGUUCCUGUUUGAAUUUUUUUUUUUUUUUUGAGCAAGUUUUCUUAUCUUUAGAUUUUGAAGGAUAAGACAAAUAAAUACAAACCUGCACACUAUUUUUAGCAGCUGUGUAAGAAUAAUGAGAUUUAUCAAUUGAGGGCUUUGUAAUGCAGAUGUUUUGCUGCUGGAAUUGACUACUCAGAAGAUCUUUUAUAGCUCUUCAAUGCUUCAUUUUUGAUCUGUCACCAAAUCUACCUAAGCUAUGACCUUGCUGUGAACAGCGUGUGCCCUCACUGUCCAAAUGUCCAUGCACCAUCUAUUGAGGCAGCAUCAUAGCGCCGUCCCUCAAGGAAGUUGAAUGAGGUGAACAGCGAUCCAGCUCUUUUCCCUUCCCCCCAUUUUUUAAAUGUAACAAAUACUUUUUAUGUUCCCCUCCCCCUUCCCCUUUCCCCUUCCCCCUUUUGGAAACGUGUCAGGAAGUAGAUAGUUUAAGAUGAGCAAUUGAGGGGACGGAGAAAUUGAUCCACACAGAGCCUGCUUCUUUGUGCUUCGUCACAAGGCCUGCUGCUGGCCAGCCCAUUCAAGUCCCCCUUUCAACAAGAGAACCUCGUGGAAAUCCAGCUGGCCGAUUCAAGUUCAGGAAACAGGACCACAGAGGUUACACUCUGGGAUCCUGGCCAUGAGGUUGGAUGCCUCACCUUAUUGAAAAGAGACACUGGACCUAAAUGGCGCAGCAUGACUUUGUUCCUGCUUGGCUAAAUUUCUCAACACCACAGUCAGCUAAGUCACCUACAGCCACCUUCGAAAAACACGGAGAACACCUGCCCCGAGGAGACGGUAGAUUUGGAGUAAGCCGUCGUCGACAUAAUUCCUCUGAUGGCUUUUUUAACAAUGGACCUCUACGAACGACAGGAGAUUCCUGGCAUCAGCCCUCCCUGCUCCGCCAUGAUUCUGUGGACUCUGGUGUCUCUAAGGGAGCGUAUGCUGGAAUCACAGGGAACCUUUCUGGCUGGCAUGGCUCUUCCCGAGGUCAUGAUGGCAUGAGCCAGCGUAGUGGGGGUGGCACAGGGAACCAUCGCCACUGGAAUGGCAGCUUCCACUCCCGGAAAGGCUGUGCCUUUCAGGAAAAGGCACCUACGGAGAUUAGGGAAGAAAAGAAAGAAGAUAAGGUGGAAAAGUUGCAGUUUGAAGAGGAAGACUUUCCUUCUUUGAAUCCAGAAGCCGGCAAACAGAAUCAGCCAUGCAGACCUAUUGGAACCCCUUCUGGAGUGUGGGAAAACCCACCUAGUGCCAAGCAACCCUCCAAAAUGCUAGUCAUCAAAAAAGUUUCCAAAGAAGAUCCUGCUGCUGCCUUCUCUGCUGCAUUCACCUCACCAGGAUCUCACCAUGCAAAUGGAAACAAAUCGUCCGCUAUGGUUCCAAGUGUCUAUAAGAACCUGGUUCCUAAGCCUGUACCACCUCCAUCCAAGCCCAGCGCGUGGAAAACGAACAGAAUGGAACACAAGUCAGGAUCCCUGUCCUCUAGCCGGGAGUCUGCUUUCACCAGUCCAGUCUCCGUGACCAAACCAGUGGUCCUGGCCGGCGGUGUGGUUUUCAGCUCUCCCAGAGAGAGCCCCUCCAGCACCACGCCGCCAAUCGAGAUCAGCUCCUCUCGUCUGACCAAGUUGACCCGCCGAACUACGGACCGGAAGAGCGAGUUCCUGAGGACGCUGAAGGAUGAUGGGAACGGAGACUUCUCGGAGAACAGGGACUGUGAGAAGCUGGAGGAUCUGGAGGACAACAGCACACCUGAACCAAAGGAAAGUGGAGAGGAAGGCUGUCACCAGAACGGUCUUACUCUCCCCGCGGAGGAGGAAGGGGAGGCCCUCUCUCACUCUCUGGAAGCAGAGCACAGGUUAUUGAAAGCAAUGGGAUGGCAGGAGUAUCCUGAAAAUGAUGAGAAUUGCCUUCCCCUCACAGAGGAUGAGCUCAGAGAGUUUCGCAUGAAGACAGAGCAGCUGAGAAGAAAUGGCUUCGGGAAGAAUGGCUUCUUGCAGAGCCGAAGUUGCAGUCUGUUCUCCCCUUGGAGAAGCACUUGCAAAGCAGAAUUGGAGGACUCGGACACAGAAACCAGUAGCAGUGAAACAUCUGAUGACGAUGCCUGGAAGUAGGCAUAUAAAUGCUCACAGUUAAAUCUGACCCAGUCCAUUUAGCUUGUGUGUUUGGGGAUUAUGCAGAAGGAAUCCUUCUCUUGCUUUUCCUUUUCUGGGUCGUUGAAUACUUCAUGCACAAGGGAAACCAUCGUAUCCCAAAGAAAGAGCAAGCGGUUGGCUUGUUUAGCUUUUGUUGUUCUUCUUCCCUGUUACCUGCUUACUAGAGAGAACGUUGUGUGGUGGGAAAGAUUUUAAAACACACACAUACACACAGUAUCUCCAUGGGGCAACGCACAGGUUGGAGCUGGCAGCGCAGAGAGGAGACGCUGGUCUGCAGCAGCAGCUUCUACUACCAGCCCUUGGGGCCUCACCCCUGUGCUCACGCAAUCAUUGUCAAUGACAAAGUGACUAUUGAAGUUAUAAUUGUAUUAAAUUAAUGCUAAUAAUUUGGAUAUUUUAUUUUAUUUCUGGCUGCUCGGGUAAUGUUAGCCCUUAACCAAGCAUACGUGGUUUUUUUCCUCCUUUUUUUCUUUCUGGGUACAGCUGUAAAAUAUUUGGAUAUAGGAGAUGUUGUGUUAUUCUUGCAGCCUUGAUAUUCAGGGUGGAUUGUAAAAUAUAAAUUUUUGUGAGAUUUCAAAGAUUAAGAUUAUUUUGAUAACAUUAUUUACAGAUUUAAAAGAUGUGGUUAUCACAAGUCUGUUCAAGGGAAAAACUACUGCAUAAAAUAACUAACUUGGAAUAAAUAUUUUGCAUCAGUUUGGAUUGUCUUGUCUAAGAAGUAUAUUCUUUAAAAUUGGAUGAGUGGAUUCUCUUUUUAGGGGAAAAACUACUUUUAGUAUUAGAGGUCUGAGGGAAAUCUGAAUUCAGACACACCUGUUUCUCCUUUUAGCAGAUACAUUUUUGAUGCAGAAAAACCUGUGCAAUAAACUACCAGUAAUAAA